AAGCCCGGAAACAAAACCAUCUACCACCGCUGCUGCCAUUACGCCUUACCUCUGAAGGGUACAUGGAUCAGUCUUCGGUCAAGCUUCUCGUCACUUGAUUACAGACACAGAAGAUGCUGCAGAGAAGUGAAAACAUUAAAUUUAUCCUUAGUCUCGUUCCUGGUAAACGUCGUUUAGGCACAUACCGGUUUCUCCCUAUAUUUUUCUGUAUUGGUGGUGUCAUGGAGUGGAUCAUGAUCAACGUGAGAAUCGGAAAAGAGACUUUCUAUGAUGUUUACAGAAGAAAACAGUCAGAGCGAGCAUACCAGAAGAGGAUUACAGAAGAUUUAACAAGAGAACCUGUUGUCAAAUAAACUGAAAAGGGUUCCACUUGGAGGCAAAGGUGUCAUUAUCAGUGUAUUACCUCUGAACGUUUUCAGAGGUCUGAAGAAAUGAAAAAGGACAUUAUUUUUGUAUUUGUGGUAAUAUUGGUUGUCUGUAUCAAAAGAAUGAAUGUAUUAAAUAUGUAAAUAAAUCACCAUAAAAUGUG